AUGGAAAGCCAGAUAACAUCUAGAUCUGGUGGCUACUGGUUUGAUGGAUGUGAUAACUUGACUUUUAGGAAAAAAGAAACUCUUAUUGUACAUCAGAGAAUCCACACUGAAGAGAAACCUUAUGAAUGUAACCAGUGUGGAAAGACUUUUAGGAAAAAGGAAAUUCUUACUGCACAUCAGAGGAUUCACACUGGAGAGAAACCUUAUGAAUGUAACCAAUGUGGAAAGACUUUUACACAAAAGGGAGCUCUUACUACACAUCAGAGAAUCCACACUGGAGAGAAACCCUAUAAAUGUAACCAGUGUGGAAAGGCUUUUACACAAAGAGGAGGUCUUACUGGACAUCAGAGAGUCCACACUGGAGAGAACCCUUAUGAAUGUAAUCAAUGUGGAAAGACUUUCAUAUAUAAGCAGAGUCUUUCUGUACAUCAGAGAAUCCACACCGAAGAGAAACCUUAUGAUUGUAAUCAAUGUGGAAAGGCUUUUACAAGAAGGCAGUCACUUACUGAACAUCACAGAAUCCACACUGGAGAGAAACCUUAUAAAUGUAGCCAAUGUGGAAAAACUUUUAGAAAACGGGGACCUCUUACUGUACAUCAGAGAAUCCACACUGGAGAGAAACCUUAUAAAUGUAACCAAUGUGGAAAGGCUUUUACAAAAAGGGAAUCUCUUACUGUACAUCAGAGAACCCACACUGGAGAGAAACCUUAUAAAUGUAACCAAUGUGGAAAGGCUUUUAGAAAAAGGGCAUCUCUUACUGGACAUCAGAGAAUCCACACUGAAGAGAAACAUUAUGAAUAUAACCAGUGUGGAAACACUUUUGUAUAAAAAUCUGAUUGGUUUUUACUAGUUCUGUAAUGAAAUGUAAAGGCAUUAAAAUAAGGAAGAAAAUGAAUUAGGGACAGAAUACUGGAAGAAGAUGAUGUGGUGCUGAUGCCUUCCAUAAUUAGCCUUGUCUUGCUAUAACCCUGUAGGGAAGGUGAGGAAAGGAAAGUAAAAGUUGCCUUCGGGGAUAGCAGUUUCUUGGGCAUAUUGGAGCCUUCCUUUUCAUCUGGUCAUCUACUUAAAAGGCAUCCUGAUGGAAUGGGAACAUUACUACUUUUGGAGUCAGAGGACAUGAGUUAAUUUUCUGGUUCUGUACCUCUAUGGCUUUGGGAAUGUAAUUUAACUUUAACAGUGCAUUCAGAUUAGGGUUAAGUCUCUUCCAUUUCUAAAUCCUUUGAGAAGCCAAAAAGGAGCUUGAAGAUGAACCCUACCCUUCAUUGCCACAUUCCUGGGUCCACAGGUUCAGAUUAGGGCUAAUAAUUCAGGUGACAUUGCUAAGCUCUCUGGGAGUGAUUGGCAGUUUGGAGACUCAGAAAGAUAUGGGCAGUUCUCAAGCUAGAGCUUUGUUGAAUGAGGAAACUUGUACAUCAUUCCUAUAAAUAACUUUAUGCAGCUUGUGAAACAGAUUUCUUGCCAUGUUCAGGCAAAAAAAAAAAAAUACUUUUAUUAAGAUGCUUUCAGAAUGAAAGGUUUCCACUCUGAGGUUUCAGCUUAUAUCCAUCAAAUUGGUAGAUAUAACCCCAAAAGCUGAAAAUAGUGCGGGGGGGGGGGGCUUUAAAAUUAGAGGCACAAUUAUAUAAUGAAUGUAGCUAUGAAUUGGUCCAAUUGUUCUGAAAAGUCGUUUGGUAUUAGGAUUUAUUGAAAGUUGACCAAAUAAUCAGACAUUGUGACACAGAGAUUUGGCUGCAAGACUUGAAUUCUAAGGAAUGAGGGAAGCGCAGGUUCUAGCUACACUAAAGUAAUUCUUGCAGUGGCUUUUUUUUUUUUUUUUUAAAUAGCAAGAUAAAAUGUAGGUGCAAAAAAGAAACAAAAUAGGUGUUCUUUAGUUGGAGAAUGUCUAAACAAAUUGUGAUGAUGAUUAUAUUUGAAUGAUGUGACAUAAAAAACUGGAUAGGAAGAAUUCAGAGAAGCAUGGGGAUAUGGAAUUGAAGGGAGCAAAACCCAACAUCAGUGACUCCCUCAAAUACCAGUGACCUCUUCAAUUUGAAUUCCCUUGCAACUAUGGAGAUCAAUGUCUGUGUCCAGCCUGUGUGUUUCUUGCCUAUUAUGUUUCACAUAAAUUCAGAGAGGAUCCAUCCAAUAUGAUGGAGUCCUUCCUUACUUUCUCCUACCAUCUGAAGGGCACUUGUUCUGGCUAUCCAUCCAACAGUGCUCUUCCUUCCCAUGUGUCCACCUCAUCUUCCCUUGUUCUACAAUUCUUUCAUGUGAAGUAUGAGUAAUGUCAAUUAUCCCAACAGAGGACACCAAGAAAUUUCAGAAAAUGCUUUGAUCAGCACAUGACUCCCUUGACAAUUGGAGAGGCAACUGCCAAAGAUGAUACCAACUGGACUACAAAUUAGCUUGUAAAAUCUUUUAAUUUUAUGAUCUCUUUGUGCUAUCAAUGGACAAACACAAUUCUGAGACCCUGGAAUCUGUCAUUCUCAAUAGAUUUAUACAUUGGGCAGAAAUGGGGACCUUCACCAGUUGUCUGGGUCUAUCUUUUGUCCCUGGGCUGACUGAAGGACAGAGUGAGGCUGAUGACUUUGCAUAGUUCUGCCUCACUUAAAUCUAACUGACUUGUAAAGCAAAACAUGAGCCUCUGAUGCCAUUAGGGCUCUAUGAGAACAAA